GUGUGCUAGAACGUUAAAGUGUCCACUACUCUCGUGCAAGGACUUAUUGUUUAACCAUGAAUUCACGGUGUUUGUUAGUGCUAGCAGCCGCCCUCGGCGUGGCGGUCGCCCAAGAAUCCUUCAAAUGCCCAGACGACUUCGGUUUUUACCCACACCACAUCUCUUGUGACAAAUACUGGAAAUGUGACAACGGAGUCGCGGAAUUGAAGACCUGCGGCAACGGACUUGCCUUUGAUGCCACAGACUCAAAAUACUUGACUGAGAACUGUGACUACCUCCACAAUGUUGAGUGCGGUGAAAGGACACAACUUGAACCCCCAGUUGGAACUACCCACUGCUCGAGGCUGUAUGGUAUCUUCGCUGAUGAAGCUAAAUGCGACGUUUUCUGGAACUGUUGGAAUGGCGAAGCUUCCCGUUACCAGUGCAGCCCCGGACUUGCCUACGACAGAGAAGCCCGUGUGUGCAUGUGGGCUGACCAAGUCCCUGAGUGCAAGAACGAGGAAGUAGCGAACGGUUUCUCUUGCCCCGCCCCCGGAGAAGUUUCCAACGCUGGAUCCUUUAGCCGUCACGCCCACCCAGAAGACUGCCGCAAAUACUACAUCUGCUUAGAAGGAGUAGCUCGUGAAUACGGAUGCCCCAUUGGCACCGUCUUCAAGAUCGGCGAUGCUGACGGCACCGGUAACUGCGAAGAACCUGAAGAUGUUCCCGGAUGUGAAGAUUACUACGGAGACGUUGACCUGAAGGCACUCAAGAAGCUUGGAUUCUGAAUGUCGAGGAGCGACUCGAAGGACAGACUGAAGCUCAACCCUUUCGACUUGCUUAGAAGGUGAAGGCCUCUUCUUGAAAAAAAAUAUAUUAAUUUAAUGAUAUUUAUUACACUAUAAAAAUGUUCAAAUGUUAUUUAAAAAGGUUUUUAGUCCGUCCGUCUAUCAUAUAGUGUAGUAGUUCAAGAAUGUUCCAUGAUGUCUCACGGGAGCGAAUUGCGGUGUAGCGCAUAUAAUAAGGAUUAUAAAAUAUGAGUAUGACGAGUACUAGUCGACGUACAAAAAAGGUAAACCGAUACUCAGAUGAAUACAAUCUUAGAUGAAAUAUUAAAUGCAACUUGUUUGAAUAUCCGGUUGUUUCUGAUGUUUUUAUAAUGACCAGAGUACAGAAAUCACUCAAAUAAGUAUCAGAAUUUGUUUUCAAUAAUCGGAUUUCAGAAUAAACUGUACUGACUUCUGUUUGUAAAUAUUGCUUGCAAUCUCCAAAUAACUUCAUCUAAAAUACAUUUCAAGUUUGCAUCACACCAUUCCGAAAGCAUCAUUAUUUAAAUGAAAUAAAUAAAAUCCAGUAAAAGGUUAUUAUGUCUAUUAUGGAAAUCCCGUACAGUUCUCUAAUCGUUCUAAAAUGGCACGUAGUUACGUAACAACGUACUACGUACGUUUCUGUGUAUAUGUGGUUAAAUUUUUCUUGUUAGUGUAUUAAAAGUUAACACAGAUAACCGCUUAAAUGAUAACCAACCAAUGCCCUGUUAUGCAAACUGCUUCCGUGGGACAAAACUAAGAUUCCAUGGUCUGUCUGAAGAGGCGCUCGAGUUUGGACAAAAUCGGAAAGUUCAAAGACUUUUAUUUUUCAAAAGUCUUAAACAUUUUGUAAACUCAAAAAAAUAUAGUCCUUUUUUGACAUAAGAUUAAAUUCCAUUUAAUUGCUGCCAAAAAAUAAAUGAACUAUCACUGGAAUUACUUUGACAUAGUACCGCUGCAGGUAGGUGCUGUGUCGAAAUGAAAUAAUUUAGUCAUUUAACUUUAGUUGUAAGUUACAGUUAAGUUAAUUUUCAUGGAUUAGUGUAAAUAAAGUUUUUAA